AUGCGCGAUACUCCUUCGAAGUUCAUCGAGAUCCUCGAUCCCAAGGACUCGCACUUGCGCAUGUCCGACUCGGACGUUCGGCUCGAGGAUGUCCUCGCCGAUCACGAGGCCACCAUCAGCAGUCGCCCGCGUUCCUCCACGCAGUCCUCUAAGCCCAUGGACAAAGCACAACUGGGUCGAGUCAACUCGACCUCGCCGACACAGCGGUGGAAGAGAUUCAGCAACAUGCUCGCACAACCGCGACGCAACUCUUAA